AUGUCAGAGAACAGCAGCGACAACAAUGGCGACCAACAGAGCCAGGGCCAGGGUGCGGAGGGCGAGGCCGCGGGCGAAAACAAAAUGAAGUCGCGUCUGCGCAAAGGAGCUCUCAAGAAGAAGAAUGUCUUCAAUGUCAAGGAUCAUUGCUUCAUCGCACGCUUCUUUAAACAACCCACAUUCUGUUCCCAUUGCAAGGAUUUCAUCUGCGGCUAUCAAUCGGGAUACGCAUGGUUGGGCUUUGGCAAACAGGGAUUCCAGUGUCAAGUUUGCUCUUAUGUGGUGCAUAAGCGUUGCCAUGAAUACGUCACCUUUAUAUGUCCUGGCAAGGAUAAGGGCAUUGAUUCCGACUCACCAAAAACUCAGCACCAUUUCGAACCAUUUACAUACGCAGGACCCACGUUCUGUGACCAUUGUGGUUCUCUACUCUAUGGCAUUUACCAUCAGGGUCUAAAAUGUUCAGCAUGCGAUAUGAACGUACAUGCACGCUGCAAGGAGAACGUGCCCAGCUUGUGCGGCUGCGAUCAUACGGAGCGACGGGGACGCAUCUAUCUCGAGAUAAAUGUCAAAGAGCAUCUGCUCACCGUGCACAUCAAGGAGGGGAGAAAUCUAAUACCCAUGGACCCCAAUGGACUGAGCGAUCCGUAUGUGAAGGUCAAGCUGAUACCCGAUGACAAGGAUCAGUCCAAGAAGAAGACGCGCACCAUCAAGGCGUGCCUCAAUCCCGUGUGGAAUGAGACCAUUAGCUACGAUCUCAAGCCGGAGGACAAGGAUCGACGCAUAUUGAUUGAGGUGUGGGACUGGGAUCGAACCUCACGCAAUGAUUUUAUGGGCGCCUUGUCGUUUGGCAUAUCGGAGAUUAUCAAGAAUCCCACCAACGGUUGGUUCAAGCUGCUGACACAGGAUGAGGGUGAAUAUUACAAUGUGCCCUGUGCGGAUGAUCAGCAGGAUUUGCUCAAGCUGAAGCAGAAGCCGUCGCAGCGGAAGCAGCCGAUGAUGCGCUGCGAUACACACACACAUUCACAGUCCAAAAAGGACAUGAUACGUGCCACAGACUUUAAUUUUAUUAAAGUGCUGGGCAAGGGCUCUUUUGGCAAGGUGCUGCUGGCGGAGCGCAAGGGCAGCGAGGAGCUGUAUGCAAUCAAGAUACUCAAAAAGGAUGUGAUUAUACAGGAUGACGAUGUCGAGUGCACCAUGAUUGAGAAGCGUGUACUGGCGCUGGGCGAGAAGCCGCCGUUUCUUGUCCAACUGCAUUCCUGCUUUCAGACCAUGGAUCGCCUGUUCUUUGUCAUGGAGUAUGUGAACGGCGGUGAUUUAAUGUUUCAAAUACAACAAUUUGGCAAGUUCAAGGAACCAGUCGCCGUAUUUUAUGCUGCGGAAAUUGCGGCAGGACUUUUCUUUCUCCAUGCCAAGGGCAUUUUGUAUCGGGAUCUGAAGCUGGACAAUGUGCUCCUCGAUGCCGAUGGACAUGUAAAAAUCGCCGACUUUGGCAUGUGCAAGGAGAACAUCAUGGGCGAGAAGACGACCAAAACAUUCUGCGGCACACCGGACUACAUAGCGCCAGAGAUAAUACUCUAUCAGCCGUAUGGCAAGUCUGUGGAUUGGUGGGCUUAUGGUGUGCUUCUCUAUGAGAUGCUAGUGGGUCAACCGCCCUUCGAUGGAGAGGAUGAGGAGGAGCUGUUUGCGGCCAUAACCGAUCAUAAUGUAUCAUAUCCCAAGAGUCUCAGCAAGGAGGCCAAGGAGGCGUGCAAGGGCUUCUUGACCAAGCAGCCCAACAAGCGUUUAGGUUGUGGCGCCUCCGGCGAGGAGGAUGUGCGUUUGCAUCCAUUUUUCCGGCGCAUCGACUGGGAGAAGAUAGAAAAUCGUGAGGUACAGCCGCCGUUCAAGCCAAAAAUUAAACACCGCAAGGAUGUGUCCAAUUUUGAUAAGCAGUUCACAUCAGAGAAAACAGACUUGACGCCCACGGAUAAGGUGUUUAUGAUGAAUCUGGAUCAAUCGGAAUUUGUUGGCUUCUCCUAUGUGAAUCCCGAAUACAUUGUCAGCCCAUAAGCAGCUGUAAGCAACAAUCAAACGGAAACGGAACCAGCGAGUUGUGUCUUUAUCUUUCUUUUUUAGUCACACUCAGCAAUUAGAUGGAGGAUACUACGUUUCGGUUGAGAGCUUUAAACGUUGUUCGAUUGUAAUGUUGGCCCCUACAUUAUAAGCAAGUCGAAAUAUGCGUUUAAGCAAGUUGGCAUGGACAAUUUAGUAUAUAAAUACAUAUAUAUUCUGAGCACUUUUCAUUGAUUUCGAACAUUCAGAAAUAUCAUAGCAUACUUAUGUGCGUAUUUCUUAUUUAUCACCUUUUAAUUAGCUGUAUAUGUGUGUGUAUAAAUUAUAUGAAUAUUAAACGAUUUCUAGCAUAUAUUAACCGAAUAUAUGCAUACAUAUAAACGGCAUAGAGUCUCAAUGUACCAUAAUAAUAAUAAUAAAAAGAAAGAAAAAUUAAAAGCAAAACAAAUUGCAUAGCAAUAAGUUAAAGCUAAAAGAAAGUUUAGGUUUAGUCUAAGAAUAAACUAAAUUUAUUGCUCUUAACUGCGCCAGAAGUGUAGCUUUCCAAAGUCUAACUAUAGAUGGAAUAAUAUAUAUGUAUAUAUAUAUAGUGCAUAUGUAUGUAUUAUCUUCGUGUUGAAACUUUAGUACCUAACUAAAAUUUAGCUGCUAAUUAACUACUGUUUAACUAUGAGAAAAGACAAUCUACUAUAAGCUUAAAAGAAACACAUGCGUGUUAUAUCAAGAACUUCAGUUACCAAAAGAAAUACCAAAAAGAACAAGAAAUAUUA